UGACCCAAUAUGGAGCCAGAGCGGCGACCUCUCGCGAGAGCGGCCCCGCGGGAGGGGCGGGGCCUGCCGGGCGGCGCCGGGUGCCGGCCCUGCGCGCGUCUGCCGGCCCUGCGCGCGUCUGCCGCUGCGCGCGGCGGGGGCAGCGCCGGUGGUUCCGUGAGGACCGCUUGAGUUCUCCGCAGCGUCCCCCUUAGGGUGUGCUGUAACUGAAGAAAGGAAAAUAGAUCAAAAACCUUACCUCAGGCAGCCCUUUGCAGGCCCACGGUAACCUGGCAGGGUCACUGGUGAAUCACAGCUUGUCAAGGUGUAUCUCAGGCUAAACUUGAGUGCCUCUUGAAGCCUUACAAGCUGGUAGUAACUGUUCUUGCAAGCUAAGGACAUGUUCCCUUCCGGUGGCUCCAAACCAGCAGUGAUGGGGAGAGCUGAGCUCUCCCUGCCCAGAUUUCCCAGUGUCCUGAUCUUUCUGCAUGUGUAUAGAGAAUAAGCUGUUUCUCAAUACUGUAAUAGUCCUUGCAAUAUCAAAGAUAUGCACGUUUGCUUUCAAGUACAUGCCUAAGACUCAGGUCACUAAGUACUGCAGGUUAAGCAUGCUUUGGAGUGGAGCCCAUGGUGUCUUUACCAGGCAGUAAGUACAGAAUGUCACACCAAAUAGCGUUAGGCAUUUGCACUUAAGGCCACUUGGCUUUUGAUGUCAAGCUUGAGAUGAGUGUUGUUAGGAGUACUGUGCAAGACAGGCACAUUCUGAAUGGGGUAUGGAAGCCUGCUUUUAAAACAUUGCCUUCCCACGUCAAAACUCCUCUCUCAACACAGCAUAACAGCAAGGGACCUUGCCCACUGCUGCUGUGAGUCGUCAUUGAAGUCCAAAUACCGGGAGCGAACAGCUGAAAGUUACCGCUACUUGCGUCUAAAAAGUGACUGCUUCUUGGCAUACAGGCGUUUUUAAUGCCUUUAGUUUGCAAACUCUAGCUUCUUGUUAGUUUUUCUUGUUGUAUUGCCUUGCCUUGAAAAGAAGUGGUUGUGCUCUACGAUGUCAAAACCAGCUAAGUCUUCAAAAGCUCAUACUGGUCUCACUGCCAAGAAAGGGAGCUUGCUUUGUGGUCUCCAGCAUUUGCUGUUCCUCUGGUUUUGACUGUGAUCAGAGCAGCCUGCAGGGUCCAAGGAGAAAUGCAGACCGAGGAGCACUUCCAGGCACACGUGGAAAGAAAACUGUCUUCUGCCUCGCAUGGAGCACCACAAAUCUCUCACGAGAACAGGCGGCUACAGUGCAGCUUCUCCUGGGGAAGGUUCAGAAAGAUCACACUCCAGAUGUUCCCUGUCCUGAACUGGCUGUUUUCGUAUCGGUUCAGAGAAUGGAUCUUGAGGGAUCUACAUGCAGGCCUAAGUGUUGGGAUGGUUCAGGUUCCUCAAGGGCUUUUAGGAGUUUGGCUGACCAGGUUACCUCUGCCAAAUGUGAACGGUUUCCUUUCUGCAUUCUGCUGCUCGAUGACAUAUGUUAUAUUUGGGACUUCACCUCAUAUCUCAAUUGGCUCGUUUAGCAUCCUAAAUGUGGUGGUGACAAACAUUCUGAAGACGCUUAACUUCAACCAAACAUUGUCCUCUAAUGGUUCCUUAGACAACUUCUCAGACCCUACUUUUAUGAAAGAUUACAUGGAGGCCUUAACAUUUACAGCAUCAAUAACAUUUUUUACUGGCAUAAUUCAGUUGCUCCUAGGCUGCUUCUGCCUGGGGUUUGUAACGUCUUAUGUGCCGAAGACUAUCAUUGAUGCUUACCUCACUGCAGCAGCGUUGCACGUAAUUGUAUCGCAGUUUGCCUUUAUCUUUGACAUCGUGCUUGAUUUCCACGAGGGCCCCCUUGGCAUUUUCUAUAACCUCUUUCAUUUCUUCCUGGCUCUCCCAAAGGCUAAUGCCACCAGCAUACUGCUGUUUUUAACCAGCACGGCUGCACUACGAAUCAGUACAUCUAUCAUGAUAAAUUAUAAACACAGUCUUAUUGCAUUUCCCAUGGAACUUCUCUUGAUUAUCACAGUCACCAUUAUUUCUAAUCGCAUUCAUCUUCAUGCUGCAUCUAGUAAUGCUGUGCUCAGUAUGAUUCCUCAGAGGUUUCUGCCUCCUACAUGGCCAGACUUAUCAAAGCCAAGCAAGAUCAUACCGCAUGCCUUCUCCCUUGCUAUUGUAAGCUAUUUCCUUCUUGUUUUUGUUGAAGACAGGUAUGCUUCGCUUCACAACUACCAUAUUGCCAGCAAUCAGGAGCUGAUAGCUGUGGGGCUAUGCAAUAUUUGCAGCUCAUUUUUCAAAAGCUUUGCUGUCAGCUCUGCUAUUUCUGGAACUGUCAUUCAAGAGAAGACAGGUGGAAGAACACAGUUAGCAGCAGCGAUUGGAGCAUCUGUGAUGCUGGUGACUGCGCUGAGACUGGGACACUUUUUCCAGAUGAUACCUAAUGGUAUAUUUGCUGCCAUUGUGGUAUUUAACGUGCUCCCUUUUCUUGAAAAGUUUCUGGACGUCCCCAUCCUGUGGAGACGGGACAAGUACCAUUUCGUUAUCUGGCUUGUAACUUUUGCUGCAGUGCUUUGUGCUGGUCUUGACGUCGGUUUAGCGAUCGCCAUGGGAUUCACAUUCUUCAUAAUCGCCAUUAGGUCACACAGAAUGAAGAUGGUGGUGCUGGGACAGAUUCCAAACACGAAUAUUUAUAGAAGUUUAUCCACCUACAGAACUGCAAGGGAGAUCGAAGGUAUCAAGAUCUUCCAGUGCUGUUCUUCCAUCUCUUUCGCAAACGUGAAUCACUUCAAAACCUAUUUGUUACACAAGAUGGACAUGAAAGCAGUGCCUCUAGAUGAAAGUGAAAUGAGGGCUUUAAUUUCACUUAGUGUGUCUGACACCGCAGUGGAAAGAAAAGAUCUGAAAUUCAUCUGUGUCUGUGAUCCACCUCUACAACCACCUACGGCACCAUUUACAGAGAAACUGGUGAAGCAACAUCACACAGACAGCAAUUCCGCAUCAUCUUCAGCUAAUUUGGUACAUUGGUCAAAGUAUGGAGACAAUCUCAGCUCUAGGACACUGUUGGUAGGAGCAGCCGAUGUGCAGUGUGUAUCCCCAGGCCCUAACGCCGGAUUUUGGACUGAAAAGGCCAAGGAUGAAGGGAGAGGAGCCUGCUGGUCACCAGGCUCUGCAAUAGAUAACUCCUCGGUGCGGUUAGAGCAAGAAGAACAGCCAAUGCAUUUGCCAUGUUCGGUUCACACCAUUAUUUUAGACUUCAGCAUGGUGCAAUUUGUGGAUUUGACAGGUUCAGAGUCACUGCGACAGAUCAUCUAUAUGUUUCACAAUAUUGGCAUUACAGUCCUUAUAGCUAGCUGUCACUACUCUGUGAUAACACACUUUGAGAAGAGUGAUUUCUUCGACAGCUGCGUCACCAAAGAAAUGUUCUUCCUAACUCUUCACGAUGCUGUGCUGGCUGCUUUGGGCAGGCAUCAAAAGCCAGAUGAGCUAGAACCUCCUGCCGAAGAGUUUCCUGAAGAACCACUAGCUGAACAGCAGAAGGAGAGACGUUUCCUUUUGAAGAAGAAUAAAGACUUUUUCUCUGCAACGAAUUCUGACAACAAACUUAUGCAUGAAGAGUCAAUAUCAGAUACCUCAAGCUCAGCCCAGAACAGCGCAGAACCAAGCUCUCGCUGGCAGUAUGGCACUCGGCCCCUUCAGUCGGAUUUCCAGGACACAAGCUGGGGGGAGAGGUGGAAGUAUACCAGCAAUCCCUGAGUUGCAAGUGUUGUGGAACUGGGAAUUCAGUAGAGAGGAAAAAGGUACAAUCUAAGCAACAGUUCUGGUGCUUAUCAGCCUUCAGUCCUCUUAUUUUUUUCUAUUCCAGAGUUCUCAAAAUAGACAGCCUGACUAAUAUCUCCAGUAAUUCUGCUCUUCUAAACAAAAAACAACAUUUUUGGUAUUGCUUUCAAGCAUUUUCAAGUGGAUAUGCUACCCAGAAAUGCUGAAAGCAGAGAAGUUUCAAUGUAUAAGAUCAUUCCUAGUUUUGUAGUUCAUUCUAGGAAAUUAUUUAUGUUUGUUUUCUGAAAUUUUGUAGAAGUUUAAACGUCCUAACUUAGCACUUACGUAUUUAUUGCUUGCUAGUAAGUAAAAUUAAUCCGCCAUAUUUCAACAGAUUACAUGCCUUAUUUUCAAAUGUAUUUAGAAUGAUGUGCAACUUCAAAGAAAACAUUUUGUUAUUACUCUUCAACACUGAGCUGAAGUUGAUAUUAUCUGCAUUAAAAUAAUGUUGUGUCCGUCCCUUAUUUCUUCCUCAGGCCCUUUCUAAUCCACCACAACUAAAUCCCAUAGUAUUUUUUUUAUGGCUUUGUAGUCCUUUACUGAAAUAGUGAAGAAUGGAGGGAUGUAUUCACUUUGUUCUGAAGAGCCAGGAAAAUUGUAGACUUAGAUACAGCUAGAACAAAAACCAAAAAAUAGCAUAGUUCUAUUUUCUGUAGGUCGGGCCCAGCGUUAGCUGCAGUAAUACCAGCACAGGGGCGUGAGCGUGGAUUCCACUGAAAGCAGCAGCAUUUAGCAGUUCCAAGAACACGCAUCACAAGGUUCCACUGUUCUCUCAUCUGGAGGAUUAUCCCAUGGCACAAAUUGCCUAGAAUGAAGACCCGCAGGUGAAUUACUUUUAGAUGGGUGGCCAGCACUGUGUAUAUACUCUAUUCAGACCCUAUUUUAAGGCAAAACUUGGAUUGAAAUGAUGGAUGUUUUGUGUAUAGAUCCUGUGGUCUGGGCUAAUUCAUUAACAUGAACAGCUCUAACUUUUGCUGCUGGGCAUUGUGUGGUAUCUGGAUGUGCCGUAACAGCAAGGCGGCUCCUCUGAAUUCUGCUGCUCCUGGCUGCUAAAUUGUAGCAAUGAUACAACAGCUAAUAGGAAUAUUAAAAUUAAACUGUCUGUAAUGCA